AGGGAGGCGGCCAUUUUAAGGGCUGUCUCAAUCACAGAAUCCUUCCAGUGCACUGGAACGAUCACUCGCUAAAAAAAUCCCACAAUGCACCGCAAAAUCCAUCGAUGCUCACUAUGACGUCAUAUUUUCUGAAACCUCUCAACUUGAAAAAAAAAAUGGCGGACGAACUCUCAGCCAACUUCAUCUACAAAAGUAAAUAGCUUGUUACUGUUGUUGUAGCUCUCAGAUGAUUACUUACGAUAGCGAUUUUUAACUUUAUUUGAGGUUCUGUAUACGUUGUGUUUGAGUCUAAUGACUUUUAAGUGUUUAAUGAUUUUAAAAAAUCCACUAGCGAGCUACGAUCCUGCUCGAAGCACCGUGACAGAAACAAGUGUGAUUAAGCUAACAGAUUUAUAAGACAUAUAACGUCAGAAAGAUAUCAGUCCUGCCUGUUGGUGAUAAACGCCAGUGGUGACGUUUUACAACGCGAGUAUGUCGUCAUGGCAACGGAAAUUGUGUCAUCAGUGUCACAAUGUGUCAUGAGCCAGGGUCCUAGUGCCUGAACUCACGUACUCGAUCUACUGAUUCACCACUGAGGAAGCUAACGAGCUGAUUGACACGCACACUUUGUGUGUGUGUGUGUGUGUGUGUGUGUAUUACCCAUAAUCCAUCCUGUCAUGUGCGGUUGAUAAAAAUCUGAUAGGGGAUGAUGUAAAAGCUGUUCUGGGAAUUUUUUGGGAUGAUAAUAUUGCGUCCGAUUACAUGUAACGCGUGUAAAAUAUAUAAAGUUACAGGUGAAUGAGGGUUAAAAUGCGAAGGUAAGGAAGGUGGGACUUUUUCUAGCUUUUAACUUAGUGUCUAAGCUGUGAUUGGUGGAUCGGUAUGUCAGUCAGCUGUGGAGAUUCAAACAUCACGCCCUCCUCUGAUUCCCACGGCAACGGUAGGCUGAGAGGAAAAACGAGAAACCGCGCCACCUGAUCGUUAUCAGCGACGCCGCGACACUUGAAAAGAAAAACGAUGAUGUGAUACCUGAUGGAGCAGCUGUGUGUGGUGAUGAGAGGAGGUCACAGCUCCGUGUUCUGUCGCGCUGAUCAGGCGGGGAAGUGGAGGAUUCGUCCUGACGUCUCCUUCCUGUUCUUCUGCAGUCACACGCCAUGUGGAGACGCCUCCAUCAUCCCCAUGACGGAGAGCCAGGCUCAGCCAUGCCCACCUGUCCCACGAGCCAAUCAGGAGUCAGAGCAGGGAAACAGGAAGCGGAGCGCCGAGAGUGAGACAGGUGGAGUGAAGAAGCGUGUCAGAGUGGACAGACAGCAGGACAUCAGUGAUGAUCCCCGCAGUAUCGAGGGCGUGGAGGCUGACGGAGCGGUCGUAGGGGAUGACGGGGCGGGUGUAGGGACUGACGGUGCAGGAGUAGGGGAUGACGGCGCGGUCGUAGGGGGUGACAGAGCGGGUGUAGGGGAUGACAGAGCAGGAGUAGGGGAUGCCGGGGAGGGUGUAGGGGCUGACGGGGCGGGUGUAGGGGAUGCCGGGGAGGGUGUAGGGGAUGACAGAGCAGGUGUAGGGGGUGACGGGGCAGGAGUAGGGGAUGACAGAGCAGGUGUAGGUUUGGGAAGCGAGCGUGUGGAGGUGAGCUCAGGUGAGCAGGUGUGUGACGUGCACCGCACCGGGGCGAAGUGUGUCCCCGGGGCGCCGAGUGACCCGCGGGGUCCGGGGCUGGACUUCCACACGGUGGGCGCUCUGCGGGUGAAACCGGGCCGCGGAGAAGCCACGCUCUCGCUCUCCUGUAGCGACAAACUGAGCCGCUGGUGCACGCUCGGCUUCCAGGGGGCGCUGCUGAGCCACUUCCUGCAGGAGGGCGUGUACUUCAGCGCCGUGGUGGUGGGGAAGUGUCCUUACAGCCGACACGCCCUACACCGCGCCAUCAGCAGAUGUGCGAGUGUGACGGGUCUGCCAGCUGGAUUCUCUCCACACACUCCUGAGCUCCUGCAGUCCAGUGUGGAGUUCACACACGGCCGCACACACACACUGCAAUCCCAUGAUGCCUCACAGCAGGGCCGUGUGGUGCCGUGUGGAGCCGCCAUAAGCUGGUGCAGCGUCUCCUCUCAGCCGCUAGACGUCACUGCUAACGGCUACAAACAGGGAGUGACGAAGAAAUCUCUGGGAACGCCACAGGCUCGAUCAUUAAUCAGUAAGGUGGAGCUUUUUCACUCCUUCCUUAAGCUGCUGGAGUUAGUAGACGACUCAGAGCUUCCUGACUCUCUCAGGGGAAAAGAUCUGAGCACAUAUUGGGACUAUAAAGUAGCGGCGGAUGAAUACCAGCAGGCGUGGAUCGCACUGCGCACUCAAGUGUUCACUCUGUGGCCUCAGAGCCCUCGACACCUACUGCACUUCACCUGACACACACACACACACACAGACACACACACACACACACACACACACACACACACACACACACACACACACACACACACACACAGAGAUGUUGAGUCUAAAUGUAGUACCAGCUUAAAAACCCAAGAACGUUUUGAAGAACCAGUGAUGUUGGGGGCGUGGACGUCAUUUCGUCAACAUGACGACAGCUCACCCUUAAAACAACGUAAACAUUAUGGAACUUGUAAAGUUUGUGAACUUUUUUUUUUUUUUUUUUAAUUAAAUAUUUAAAUGGUUAUUAUAUUGUGUGUUUGGACACGCCUACAUCUUAUGAUGUCAUAGUUCUGCUUUUAAACUGAGGACAUGAGAAACGAAGGACGGUUCAUUUAAGAAAAGAAAAAAAAAAGAAGUUCUCAGGUUUCCUGAGUUUCACCGUGUAUGUGUAGGUGUCAGUUGAUGAGGUCAGAGGUCAUGACCCCUGUCCCCGCUGACAGUGUGGCGUUCAGUGAGCUGCAGAAAAAAAAGACAAAAAAAACCCAAAAACCUGUUCCUGUGUGUGUUUAUUGGUUCGGUCUUCCAGCUACCUUACCGUUUACAUCACGCUCUUAAAUACAGAUAUAUAGAUAUUUAUACAGAGAUCAAUAAAAUUAAAUGUCUAAAAGUGAUUAAUAUUCAUUAAUUAAUUAUUGAUAAUGUAGAUCAUCAUGGCAGCACCUCUGAUUACAUCAUCAUCAUCAUCAUCAACAUCAUCAUCAUCAUCAUCAUCAUCUCACUCACACAGAUACACUAACGCUAACACUACGACAGCAGGGAUGCAACACACGCGCACACACACACACACACACACACAGUUUAU